AUUGCGUUGCCUAGAGAUGUAUCUGCCGUUUGUGCUUACGGUAACCCCUUUCAUUCGCAAGUUGCAACGAUAAGUAUGAGGAAUAGCAUAGCAUGCCUCGUUCACGCCGUACAAUCACCUCACUGGAUGCAAGAUAGAUGCAGGAGCGUAUCCGUCGCAUCCGUUCCGUUUAUGUCAUAUCAUGUCAUCCCAUCCCAUCCCAUCCCUAUCCUACCUAUCCCAGGAUACUCCGUGCAGCUGCAUCGAGGAACCUUAAAUCCGCAUCGGUGUCAUUGCUUAUCUUCCAUAUCGCAAGUUCCCCAUCUUCCUCCCGAAAAAAGCGAUCAGCUCCGUGGCCGCCCCUGUCUUCGCAUCAUCGAGCAUCAGCUCUGGCAGCGUUCGCAGACCGUCUCUCCAUAGAACAUCCAAAGGCUGGUCGAGGCUCUCAAGCGUGGCGAAUAACGAGAGACAGAUGGACAGUUCGAUCGCGGGCACCGACACCGUGCCGCGUGGGAUUGCCAGUCCGUCCAAAUAGUCUCCCACCAUCAGCAUUUGAGUUAACAGUAGCGACAUCCAGGAAAGCUUGGCAUACGACGCCACGAAAGCCUCUUUGCAUGCCUGUGAUUCUCACCACUCGGUAAAGGGUUUGCGCCGAGAUUGUACGGGUGCAUCGUGCCAUUCUUGUACUGUAUAUGCUUAUUCGCAGGAUGGGCAAAAGAGGCUGAUGUAUAUCAAGCGAU